AUGACAAGUUUAAGUUCAGAUUCUGAUAAUUUUAAUAAGUGGAAGGCAAGGAAGCUGGUGAAGAAACAAGAGGAAUUCAAUGACCUCUGGCAAAAUGACAUUCUUGAUUUUAAUGAUGAACUGGAUGCGUCGCGAACCAGACUCCAGGCUCUCCAGGAGAAACUGGACUCUGUCAACCAAGAGAACAUUACCUUAUUGUCCCAACAGAAAGGGUUUGAGGCCAAAAUCGCCUUGCAGGAACAGAAGAACAAUCUGUUAGACAAUGAAAUCUGUGACCUGAAAACAGUUCAGUUAGAGCUGGAAACGAGGAUUGCAGAUCUGAAGGAGCUUCAGGAAAACUUGGAGAGAAAACUGGUCUUGCAGGUGGAGCAGGAGAAAGAAAAUAUCAAGAGUUCCGAAGACAAAGUCCGCAUCAGGUUACGCGAUAAAGAAAGGGCACUGCAGGCAAAGGAGGAAGCGCAGCGUCAUAAUGUGGAAAACUUGGAAAAACGGAUCCUUGAUCUAAAAGAUGGAAACCGCAUGUUAAAGCAAGAGCUCAACAAGGUGGAGCAACAGUACGAAAAGGAUCGUGAAGUGCACAUGAAAACUACAGCAAAGAUCCAGUUCGACUAUCAGGUGGACAUGAGGACGGCCAAAAUGAAGAACAAGGUAUUGACUGAUCGAGUGGAAGCGUUAUCGACAACCACAGAUGACAAGAUAAAAGAAAAUGAAAACUUGAGGGAAAAAAUUAAAACCAAAAAUCAAGAACUGGAGAAGCAGAAGGUGGAAAUCGCCGAUUUGAUGAUCCAGAUUGAGGCGUUGGUGGAAAAGAUGGAGCGAGAAGAGAAUCGUACGUCCUCGUUGACGGAGAAAAUCAUGCAGUUGGAGAAGGAGUUGGAGUCCACAUGGAACAAGUUCGAGAUUGAGCAUAAGGCUCACAAGUUCACCAAAAAACAUUCCGGGUUGAUCCUCAGAAAACACAGCGAUCUGGUAGAACGCAUCAAAUUCCUAGACCACAGAAUCAGGAGCCAUCAGGCCUCCAUUCUGAAGCUGGAAACGCAGUUGUUGGGCAAGGCUACCUUUAUCAAGAACGUCAGUCUGGACAUAGAAAACGCCAUGUCUCUGGUGAACUACCCCAAGAAAUUCAUCAAGGAAGUCACCCGAAUAAAAGCGAAACACUUUGACGACGACAAGGACGCAGGUUUCAUAGACACUCCGGAGGCAGUCUUUCAAGCUGUCGGGACUCAGAAGUCGAGGUUCGACCGCUACGAGACCACCAUAAGAAACCUUCGGAAACAGCUGAAGCAGAAGGAACUGGACACAAUGAGACAGAUCGAAAAACUUGAGAAGCCUCGCAGUGACUUGAUCAGAAUAGUUAAUGAUCAAAGGCGGGAAAUGGCCAAAGGUAAAAAUGAACUGAAUGAAAUAAUUCACUUGCUUAAAACCGUGACCAAUUAUCUACCACAGAAGAUUCAGUUGUGGGUAAAGGACAGACUCGGAGGGGCGACAGUGCCUGCUGAUCCAGAACUGCUGUAA